AUGAGUGUGAACGAACAAAUCAGUCUUCCCUAUCAAGAAAUGAUGGAGAAACCUCUUCCAAUAGAAGGUGGUCCAAAACGUUAUUACACUGCAACAAAACCUCGAGAAAUAUUUGAAAUAUACCGUGACUCAAUUAUAGAACACAUUCGCAAGAAACAUCAUCAUGUAUCUAUUGAUAGUAACUUAGAACCAGCAGUCGGCUGUUUUCGUUCUCAUGGCUAUGGUGGUCAAUAUACUUUUGACUUAUAUAUUCGACGGCAAAUAAUACAACCGAUACAGUUAGAUUUAUCUGAAGGAAUUCCGAAAUCCGAAAGAGUUAGACACAAUUAUGAUCUAUCUCAAUAUGAAUAUGAAUGUCCUCAACAUCAAUAUACCACUCGAAUCAUUGAACGAAAACCAUUAAUUAUUUACAUUGAACAAUUUCUUACUGAAAAUGAAAUUCAACAUUUAAUUGAAUUAGCAGAACCAUUAUUUAAACCUACGAAAGUUUAUGAUAUAAACGAAAAAGUUUUCUCCGAUGAUCAUCCAACAUCAAGUUCAACAAAUAUCAAACGUCAUGCAACAUCUAUUGUGAAUUGUAUUGAACAACGAUUUGCUCAAUUUCAAGGUGAUAUGGAUGCAAAACGUAUUGAACCACUUCACAUAGUAAAAUAUACAUCUAAUCAACAGAUGAAACCUCAUUUCGAUUGGUUUACACAACCAAAUCUAUUAAAAAAUGGUGGUCAACGAAUAUCUACAUUUAUCACUAAUCUUCAAGCGAAUUGUUCUAUGGGUGAAACUGAAUUUCUUCAAAUACAAUUUAAUAAAUCAUUACAUGAGCAUUUUUGUGAUAUUUUAAUUUGUGAUGAUAAUUCAGACAAAUCUGAUAUUCGAUUUCGUCCAUUACCUGGAAAUAGUAUAUUCUGGUCGAACAUUAACGAAUUGAAACAAGUAGAACAUUUGACAUAUCAUUCUGGUCGUCCACCUGGUGAAAAUGGUUACAAGAUUGAAUUAAAUACUUGGACACGUGAAUCUUCAUAUUCAGUAUUACGUGAAAAAUGA